AUGCAAGCUUCUCAGAAUAAUGAGUUCAGGUUCCAUCCUAUGGACACAAGUUUGGGAUUGGUUAAUCUUUGCUUUGUUGACGACCUUGUCAUAUUUUCUAAGGGUACACUGACAGCUACUCAGGUAAUUCAAGAUGCUUUCUCUACCUUUUGUGCUAAUACUGGGCUGAUGGCUAAUAAACAAAAGUCUCAAAUCUUCUUUGGAUGUGUUAAAGAAGAUGUGAAAAACAGAAUACUUGCGACAGUUGAGUUUGUUGAAGGAAAUUUUCCUUUAAAAUAUUUGGGAGUUCAACUUCGGCCUACUAAAUGGAGAUCCUUGGACUGUGGUCCUAUAAUUAGUAAGGUCAAAAAGAAUUUACACACUUGGGCUAGAAGGCAUCUGUCAUUUGCAGGAAGGGCACAGAAAACCCGCUCAGUUUUGCUUGGUAUUCGUAGCUAUUGGAUGAGCAUCUUUCUCUUGCCUCAGAGUGUCAUUAAAGAGAUUGAUAAGUCAUGUAGAGACUUCUUUUGGGGUGUCAAGGAUAACCGCAGCAAAUUUCCCUUUACUUCAUGGGAUAAAGUCUAUCUUCCAAAAACAGUAUGGAGGGAUCAGAUUUAG